UUUUCUCCUUCAGUGUGGCACUCUGAAACAGCUGCACGAGAAUGUCUGCUGCAGAUGAUGCCCACCCAGCAGGUGCUCCUGGAGCCCCAGGUGGCCCUGGAGGAGCCGGUCCUCCUGCUCCCCCUCCAAACACCACCAGCAACCGCCGACUGCAGCAGACACAAGGACAAGUGGAGGAGGUGGUGGAUAUCAUGCGUGUGAAUGUGGAUAAGGUUCUGGAGAGAGACCAGAAGCUCUCUGAGCUGGACGACAGGGCAGAUGCUCUACAGGCCGGGGUGUCACAGUUCGAAAGCUGUGCUGCCAAACUGAAGAACAAAUACUGGUGGAAGAAUUGCAAGGGAUUUACAGUGAAAAAGUGA